AAGUAGUUUUAAAUCCAAAUUCAUUCAUCACUUGCCAAAUUCCUCCUCCAGCCAAAUCAAAACAAGCUUGUCUGAAACAGAUAACAGGUUAGCAAGGACACAAAUAAUUAAGGAUGAUGAUGAUUAUGGAAAGCAGCAUAGCAGAUGUGUUGGUGAAGGUAGCCAUGUUCAUACUGGUUCAGGGUUUGGUAUAUCUCAUCCUUUCCAACUCAUCAAACAUCUUCUCCAAAACUACCAGGAGAUCACAUAGCUUCAAACCAGCUCGUUCUGUAAGCAUCCGUCGGAUGCUUGCUGUUCUUGCCGACUUACCCGCCGGCGGUGAGCUCUCUCCUUCAUCAAAUUAUUCGAGGGAUAAUUUGCAGUCUCCUCGUAGCCCGGAAAAUGCAACGCCUCGAUACUCCUAAUCAGCAUGCAUAUUCCAUUUGGAUUUUUGUACAAGAAUGUUAAUAUGUUUGCUUAAAUAUAUAUGUUUGUGAGUUUGAGAGAUUCAUUUUUUCUUUGAUUAAAUAUGUAUUCAGUAUUAUUGACAAUAGCAUUUUGAUACAA